CUCUUUCUCUUCCACCGAAGCCUCACCCGACACAUACAUACCACCCCUCCUCUAGAAAAGCUCGAUUCCUAAAACGCCCGUCGCUUGUAGACGUAGUAAGAGUAAUGCGCGCGCGCCCUGAGGUUCGCAAUCGAGAUGGUUAUAUUUUCUUCUCGCGAUUUCCUUGGGAAAACACGUCGAAAAUAAGAAAGAGAGGUGAUUCAAUUCCAGGGCAGAGUUUUGUGUAUAUACUAUCAUCGACGAUAUUGUAAGUUUCAUUUUGACAAAAAUUAUUAGUGCCAAUAUGACAUUAUAACCAUUAUCCAAAAGAAGAAAUUUCAUUUCUACUCAGGCCUAAUUCUCUUUUUGGGUGGGACUUGUUUUUUUGUGAAAGUGACUUUUGCGCAAAAAAAAAGAAGGGGCGGUAGUGUGGGACUGUGAGUAUAUAUAUAUAUAUAGUGAAAGAGGAGAGUGAGUGCGACCUUGGGUGUAGGUGAUGAUAUAAUUAAUGGUCAAGGAAUAAGGAUUACCUGUGUACCUGCUUUAGCGUUCCAAGCGGCACUAAUAUUAAACAUCGACGGAUCAACGCGCAGGAUCUCAGCAUCGAUACACUAUUCUGUUUCUUUUUUUUUCUUUUCACGCUGUCUUUUUUUUUCUUCUUUUUUUUCUAUUCCCCUAAACGCCAAGAAAUCGGCGCGUGAGAUACUUUUGCAUGCGCCGUAAAUUCACCCUUCAACGAGGCGAUAAAACGUUUCGAUAUAUACUCUCCCCUUUGGAACGGAUAUGCCGGUUUGCUACAAUAAUUUUUCCUUUUUUGUCAUAUCAAUUUCAAAACUCUGAUUUCGAAAUGGCAAUCGAGUUUUCGUCGAAAACGUGAAACAAAAAGGAAGAGGGCAGGAGAGUCAAAUUUCUUUUUUUUUUUUAGAGUGAAAAAUUGUGAAUAGAAGAGAAGAAAAAAGUGUGAGGUGAUAUCGAUGAGGGAGAGAUAAUAACGUGUUUGAGAUUGAUGCGACCGGAAGUCGUUAUUGAAGAGGGGGUGGAGGAAGUUUCUUUCAGUCGCCGGGUGAAUUAAAAUAACAAAAAUGGGAAGACCAAUGAAGAAUGGAUUGUGCUUACAUUUUUUAUUUUUACUGUUAAUUGGAGUUGAAGUGAGCAAGCAACAAGAGGAGGAUAUCCCUCACAAUGAAGUGAAAAAUUGGGCCAUGAGGUUUGGUGUAGACCUUUGGGAGUAUGGAAAACAAGUCACCAAAAUUACGGAAAUAAAACGGGCUUAUGCUAGUCACGGUCCAGACAAGGCAAGUGUAAAUAAAAAAGAUGGCCUUAUGCUUGUACGAGAAAUGGCUAGCGAAGUGAAAAACUUAAUGGACUUCAAAAUGAACGCUGUUAUGAGGUUAAUGGAGAGUGCCGAGCAGGCUGCACUCUCAGCUCCAAGGGAAGGAAACGCCUCUCCGAAGUAUUAUGCAUCUCAUCGACUAAAUCUAUUCACUGAAGAUGGGAAGGUGGCGUCCGGUGCUAGAGAAAUGUCUCUUACUCCAAAUCGUCACUUUGAUCACUUGGCAGUCAAUGCUAGUCUAUCAGCCGUCCUUUUACCCCCAGCAAUCAAAGACACAGAUCCUGAAGUAGCAGCAGCGAUUCAAUGGAGUGAACAUUUAAAUCCUAUUUUCGUUAAUAACUACGAAAGUGAUCCAACUCUUUCUUGGCAAUAUUAUGGAGCUACCGCGGGAUUCCUAAGGAGAUUUCCUGCAAUAUCCUGGCCACCAAUAGACACUGUGUCAAUGCCAAGAAAUACAGAAACUGUUCGCGAUGUUUACGAUUUUCGUAUAUCUGAUUGGUUCAUUGGAGGUGCAACGAGUCCAAAGGAUUUAGUUAUAUUAGUCGAUGGCUCUAGUUUAUCAUCGAGUAAAAUUCGUGAUUUAACAAUUAGUACAACAAAAACAAUUUUAGAAUCACUUGGCCCAGUUGAUUAUGUGAAUAUUUAUAAAUACGGUGAGAAUGCAGAGGAAAUUAUUCGUUGCUUUAAAGACAGUUUAGUACCAGCAAAUCCUGAGAAUAUAAAAGAUCUAAAAGUAACAAUGAAUUCAUUAAAAGCCGAUUCACCGGUUAAUGUGACAGCUGCUUUUAGCGCAGCAUUUGAAUUACUUAAUAGAUAUAAUAAAUCUGGCCAAGGAUCACAAUGUAAUCAGGCAAUUAUGUUGGUCACUUCAAAUACUGAAGCACCAUCGGCUGAUUUGAUAAAAAAAUUUAAUGAACCACAUAAACCAGUGAGAAUUUUUUCUUAUUUAAUCGGAGGAAACAAGAGUCCUGAUCUUUACAAUUUAGCUUGCAACAACAAAGGAUUUUACGCAAGAAUAACUAACAGAGAGGAAAUUAAUUCAAAAGUUUUUGAAUAUGUAAAAGUCCUAUCUCGACCAAUGGUAUUAUAUCAGCAUGAUCAUCCUAUCCACUGGACACCAGUCUACGUUGGAGGGAAAAGUAGCAGAUUUGGUGCUGAAUAUCAGGGUCAAUUAAUGGUGUCAGUAACUGCUCCUAUUCUAGAUCGACGAAAUCAUUCUGAAAAAACAGCAAAUUUAUUGGGUAUUGUUGGAACUGAUGUGCCUGUUGAGGAAAUACAAAAGCUUAUUCCACCAUAUAAGUUGGGAGUAAAUGGUUAUUCUUUCAUAGUCGAUAACAAUGGUCGUGUUCUUUAUCAUCCUGAUUUAAGGCCAAUGCCAGGAAAUGUCGACUAUGAAGAGACGUUGAAACCUAAAUAUAUUGGUGUGGAUUUAUCAGAAGUCGAAUUGACUGAAUAUGAUGGACCCUCGCAUCACUUGAAUGAUUCUCUCCUUCUGGACCUGAGACACGAAAUGGUGGAUCAGAAAGAAGGAGAGACAGCUUUCUCUGUGAAAGUUCAUUAUGAUGAUAUGAAGAGGGUCACGAUUAGGCACAAUAAAUAUUUUUACAAGCAAAUUGAAGGUACACCAUUUUCUUUGGGGUUGGCAUUACCGGAGGGCUACGGCAUGUAUGCAUUACAUGCUGAGCACGAAAUAAAGCAUACUAAUUUAAAUUUAACGGAAUUGUUUAAAGGACAUUGGAAAGUUCAUCCGGAUUGGAUUUAUUGCGAAUAUAAUUCUGCCUCCGAUAAAAAAUUUGCUACCCCAGAAGAACGUGUCCUUCAUUUUCUAUCCCGGUCUCGAAAACCGGGUUGGAAAUGGAUGUCAAUGCGACCAAAGAGUCAAAGCUCACAUCCUAAACAAGCGAGCAAACCAGAUAAAGAAGCAUAUUAUUGUGACAAAACACUUUUACAGUCUUUGGUAUUAGAUGCUAAAGUAACACAAGAUUUUGAAAAGAAAAGUGAAAAAUCUUUGCAUAAAGAAGAGAAUUUAAGCCCAAUUGCCAUACUGAUGGCUGUUCUGCAAAGCAAAGGGAAGGGAAGAUUUGACGUGGCUCGAAGUUUUAUUUCAACUAGAAGUGGACUAUUUCGAUGGCAUGAGCAUCAACAAAAUGGAGAACCUAUUGAAGAACCACAUUUCGCUGAGACAAAUAGAAGAGCAAUGGAUACGAGUUGGUAUAAAAGAGCAGUGGAUCAACAUUCUGUGGAAGAUGAAAGUUUUGUCUUCAGUGUACCCUUUGAUGCUGCUGAAAAUCCAAAACCCCUUGUCACUGCGACGCAUUCUAUAUUUGUUGAAAAUAAAGGAAGACAAAAUAAAGCGCCGGCAGCAGUGGUGGGAUUGCAGUUUCAUCAUUCAUCUUUGGCGUCGCAUUUCGUUAACAUUACAUCAACGUGUACUGGAAUGUCUGGCUGUAAAAAGACAUGUGCCUCCGAAGAAUUGGAUUGCUAUAUUUUGGAUAAUAAUGGUUUCAUAAUAAUUAGUGAAAAGCAUGAGCACACUGGAAAAUUCUUUGGCGAAAUUGAUGGAACCAUUAUGGAUUCUUUGGUCCAGGACAAAAUAUUUAGGAAAUUAACAAUAGUGGAUUACCAAGGAUCUUGUUCACCGCAGACAUCUCAGGUAUCUGCAGCACCCAAAGGAAUUUCUCAAUCCAUUUUCAAGAUGAUAGCGUCGUUGGGUAGCACACUUUGGACUUUAACUUGGAAUCUAAAUCUACAGGAUCUUUGGCAGCCAAUUUUGGCAUACGCGGACUUCGAAGAUGCUUUUUCAGAUAAUGAGGCCUAUCCUCCAGAUUUAACAGAGGAGCCACUAGUUGAAAAUGAACAAUAUCCUGCAGUUGCACCAGCUGUAGCAACACCUGCAUUAGCUCACAGUACUUCAGCUCAAUAUCAUAAAUUUAGAGCCUGUGAGAAAAGAACGGAUCUUUAUAUUUUACAACCUGAAAGACUCAACACAAGUGGACAGAGCAAUCCAUUAAAAGGAAAAUUAACGAAUUGUCAUCAGUCAGGAUGUGAAAGGCCUUUCAGCGUUCAAAAAAUACAGCACACAAAUCUAAUUCUCCUAGUGGUUGACACACUCUGUCCUUGUCUAAGCAAGAAGCUCAGUAUCAGGCCUAUUGAAGUUUUAAUAGAAUCCGGAGCUUGUAGUGCACGGAGAGAACGACUAUAUCGUCGCAGACCAGGGAAGUGUAUAAAUUAUCAUCCCGAAGAAAUGGAAAUUAAAUUCUGCGGUGGAACAAAUGGAUUAAGUCUCUCAUUGAGCCUAAUUUUUGCAACGAUAUUAAUCCAUUUUACGUGACUCUUUACACAUCGAAAAAUAUAAGCAAUUUUAAAUGUUUUUUUUUUUUUUUUUUUGUGAUGCGAGUUUCAUAAAAUUCGCCUAUAUUUUAAUAUGUACAUGCAAGUAACAUUCAAUUUUUUGCAAAUACUUACAAAAGGGUGUUUUGCUAAAAUCUAUAUAUGUUAUUUAAUUCCGUUUAAAUUUUUUGAAAGUAAUAUUUCAAAAAAAUAAAUAAAAAACGGAAUUCAAGGAAAAAUGGAGAAAUACCUACGCACAAAUUAAUCGAGACAAAGAAGAAGAGAGGAUCUCACUGUAAUUAAAUGCGUAUUUCCUCUAAGUUGCGAUGGAGACUCGAUUAUAUUUCCUUAUUAUUUCAUUCUGAAGGGAAAUAUAAACAAUUUUUAUACAUUAUAAAAAGAGAGGUAAUUCUCAAGAGUUACAAAAAUGAAUCAUUAAAAAAAAAAAAAUCUUAAAAAAAUGAAGAUCAAAAAAAAUUUUUUUUUUUUCAUUUUUAAAAGUAGGGCAUUUGUCAUCUAUUCUCUUUCUGAGGGAAAAAUUAGCUCCAGUUAUAUAUAUAUAUAUAUUUAUAAAUUAAGUGUUACUAUCUCAAACUAAUUCUUCUCAUGUCGAGUUCUUCCAAAAAAAAAAUAAAUAAAACGGGACUUUUCUCAAUUCCUGCCAAGUGACUUGACAAAAGAAGGAAGAAAAACUCGUUCUCCAUUUGAAGAAGAGUAGAAAAAAGUUACUUUUAAAAAAAAUGAUGCAAAUGUCUUUAAAUUAAUCCUGGCGCUGGCAGCCAAAUAGAUUCUUAAAUGUUUUUAAUAUCUCGUUUAACAUCGUUGUCACCUGUCCUGCUGAAAGUUCAUAUAGCAGAUUCAGAUUUGGAAAAAAAAAUUAAUAAAUAUUAGACGAUAAUUGGUGUUUUUUUUUUUUUUUUUUUUUUUUUUUCAAAGUGCACAUUGAGUCGGCAAAAGUUUUAAAUAUUGUUUCGAGUACAAAAAUCUCGAUGGUUUUACGUGCAAAAAUCGCCUAGAAUUUUAAGCAUCAUGAAUAAUUGUGAUUAGAUCACAAUAUAUUCAGUUUACAAUCCUAGUGUCUCAGUUUUUUUUUCACUCUCGUAACGUAAAACAGCAGAAUCUACAAAAAAAAUGAGAAAGAAUGAAAGAAAAUUAAAAAAAAAACAUAACGAAAGCACAAACUGAUAAUAUCGUAGCCUUUGUAAAUUUCAGAGUAUUUCUUUUUCGUACAGAUAUAAAAAAAAAUACUCGAUACAAUUUCACGUAUUUUUAUGCGAUGGAAUAUUAAAAAAAAAAAAAAAAAGAAAA